UAUCAUUAUUGAUCUUCCUUCACUAUCUAGACUAAAUUGUCCUCGCCUUCUUGGCGCUAAGACUCCCUUCCGUCAGCUCAGUCUCUGGGCGAUUCGCCAUCUCACACUGCCACGUCCAGCGCUGCCACUGACCUGUAACUACCAUGAGCUUUCCAUCCCAUCUCGUCUCAUUCUCAUCUUCAAUAUUCCACUGUCACUACUACUGAGUAUAAUAUUUUUUUCACCUGAUCCCGCUUUCUCACGCUGAAAUUUCACCUUUUCCCAAUCCCUGUUGAGCUCGAAGGCCGACCCGACCGUCGCUCACUUUCCGAGCACCAGCCCCAACCUUAAAUAAUAGUCAGGAUCGCUCAUCGACGACAUCACCUUCGGCGCUCCGCCACCAACAUCCUCCGCUCAUCCUCUCCGUCGGGUGGUUCUGAUUAAUAACUUCUCCGGUCCAUGGCCAUUUUUACGUCUCCUAAAUCGCUUCAGAAUGUCAACGCCUUGGUUCCUCGCCAGUUCAUGACUCAAAUGUCAUCGGGGAUCAUGAAUGCUGGGGUGCUUCAGGAUGGCGGCCAUUCGAGCCAUCCAUCAUUCUUCCACCUCGUCCUUCUGGUUUUCGAAGCUGUGUUGGAGGUAGUGUGUGUCAGCUUGCCCGGUUACAUAGUUGCCAGACAGGGCAUGUUCGAUGCAGAAGCUCAGAAGUUGGUCGCUAACCUCAACGUCAUGCUGUUUACCCCAUGUCUGAUCUUCAUCAAACUUGGUUCUCAACUGACGGCCGAGAAAAUCACUGAUCUUGCCAUCAUCCCCUUUAUCUUCAUCCUUCAGACCUUCGUCUCUUAUUCAUGUGCUUGGGUUAUAUCGCGAUGUUUCCGCUUCAAAAAACGACAGGCCAAUUUUGUGGCGGCAAUGGCUGUCUUCGGUAACUCGAACUCCCUACCUAUUUCCCUCGUCAUGUCGCUUUCGCAGACCCUAAAAGGCCUUCACUGGAGCAAAGUCCCUAAUGACAACGAUGACGAAGUGGCGGCCCGUGGAAUUCUAUACCUACUCAUAUUUCAGCAAUUAGGUCAGCUCGUGCGCUGGAGUUGGGGCUAUCAUGUCCUUCUUGCUCCGAAGGAACGUUACCUGGAAGAGGCAGAUAGGGAAGACGGUGUGACCCGGAUUGAGCAAGGGCAGGAACGCUACAGCGACAACCCGAACCAAACCGACCCAGAUGAGCCACUUGUCAGAACUCGAAGCUCUGAUAGUCUUGGCCACCAUGCAGCGGGCUCUUCCGGUGACACGGAUGAGUUCAGGUCCGGUGAACAGACCCCUGUGACAGCUCAGACGUAUUCCUAUACGAAGCUGCCCACUCAUGGCCAAGAAAACAAUGAAUCAGACCGCCACCCUUCCCUGAUCGGGCCUCCCCAAGCGGACCAUUCCUUCCGCGCCAAAUUGUCGCAUGAAGGUCACCGGCACCAAAAGGGACCGUUCACACGAGUCAAGGAGUAUCUGGGGCUACGCCGUGGUCGCAUGACAAGCUGUAUCGCGAGCGGCUGGGAGAAGAGCACAAACGCAGUGUACAGUCGACUUCCGAGCCGUGUACAGAAGCCCUUGUCUGUUUGCGCUCGCGGCAUUAAAAGGUUUCUCCGUGGCCUAUGGGACUUCAUGAAUCCUCCUCUCUGGGCUAUGCUUGUGUCUAUUAUCGUGGCAUCCGUGCCGUCCCUACAGCACUUGUUCUUCGACGAGGAUACUUUCGUGAACAAUUCGGUCACCCGAGCUAUCAACCAGAAUGCUCAAGUUGCUGUACCCUUGAUCUUGGUCGUCCUAGGAGCCAACCUCGCACGAAACACUCUGUCCCAAGAAGCACUCGAAGACAUGGAGCAUCCCAAGGAAGAGAAGAAGCUCAUCAUUGCCUCGCUCGUGGCACGCAUGCUCCUGCCAACCUUGAUUAUGGCACCUCUCCUUGCUCUGCUCGCUAAACACGUCCCUAUAAGUAUCUUGGGCGAUCCGAUCUUCAUAAUCGUCUGCUUCUUGCUUACUGGAGCUCCGUCCGCUCUGCAACUGGCACAGAUUUGCCAGAUCAAUAAUGUAUACGUCUCUGCCAUGUCGAAGCUUCUGUUCCAGAGCUAUGUUGUUUGGAUUCUCCCUUCGACCCUCAUACUUGUCAUGUGUGCGUUGGAGGUCGUUGAGUGGGCUUCCGCUUCUACCUAAAUGGGCUUUAUGAUCACGAUCUGUGUAGUUUUAUGGGUUAUUCUUACCGCGUGGUGUCUGGUGUUGUGAUUUGUUUCGUUCUUUUGAUGUCUUGAUAUCGACGUGCGGCC